AUGGCUGCUGCUAGUGAGCCCCUGGGCACCCGGCGCUUGGCACAGAGCAGGAACCGCUGGCCUGCCAGCGCGUACCGCAGCCCCCCGGGGCGAGAGCCCGUCCCAGCCUGGCUGCUGGCCGCCUGGCACAAAGCACCCCCUGUCUUGCCGGGAGGUUUCGCUGCCCAGACGCAGUGCAAACAGGGAGGACGGGCACUGCUGCGCUGCUCCGCUCGGAGAAGCCGCCUCCCGGGCAUCAAGGUGAAGUACCUGCUGGUGGUGUGGCUGGGCAUCUUCGUGGGCAGCUGGGUGGCAUACAUGCAUUACUCGUCCUACUCCGAGCUCUGCCGCGGCCACGUCUGCCGGAUGAUCAUCUGUGACCAGUACAAGAAAGGAAUCAUUUCUGGCUCCACGUGCAAAGACCUGUGCGAGGAGCGCAGCCUCCUCUUCCAGCACUGCCUCUCCUCCUCUCCCACCCAGCAGGUGUACAGCGGGCUCUGGAGGGAGAGGGAGGUGAUCAUCAAAUGCGGCGUCGAAGAAGCCUUGAAGGCAGAAGGCCGCCCAGACUCCGUGCCCAGGGACGUGGUCCUCUUUGACAAGCCGACACGAGGGACAUCGAUGGAUGAGUUCAAAGAAAUGCUCCUCAACUUCCUCAAGGCCAAUCUGGGAGAUCAGCCUUCCCUCGCAGCCUUGGUGAGCCGGAUCAUCGCCAUGGCAGAUGUGAACCGGGAUGGGAAAGUGUCUUUAGCAGAGGCCAAAUCCAUCUGGGCGCUACUUCAGCUCAAUGAGUUUCUCCUGAUGCUCUCCUUGCACGAGAAAGAGCACACUUCCAAGCUGCUGGGGCACUGCGGGGACCUCUACGUCACUGAGAAGAUCCCCCACACCUCCCUCUACGGAGUGGAUGUACCCCCCUUCCUCCAAUCGCUGCUGCCUUCGGUCGUCCACCAAAUCGUCCACCAGUGGUUUGCACCAGCGUGGCCCCGGCGGGCAAAGAUCUCCAUCGGCCUUCUGGAGUUCGUGGAGGAGAUAUUCCAUGGGACCUACGGGAACUUCUACAUCUGCGAGACCGGCUUUAAGAACGUGGGCUACAACGACAAAUACGACUUCAAAAUGGUCAACCUGAGGAAGGUGGCGACGGAGAUGACAAUCCGAGGUUUCCUCAAGGGACGUCACUGUGAGCAGAACGUGGACUGCACCUACGGGAAGGACUGCAUGGCGACGUGCGACAAACUCAUGAAGCAGUGCAAAAGCGACGUGGUGCAGCCCAACCUGGCGAAGGUCUGUGGGUUGCUGCAGGACUACUUGCUGUACGGAGCACCGCCGGAGCUGAGAGAAGAGCUGCAGAAGCAGCUCCGAACUUGCAUGACCCUCAGCGGCCUGGCCAGCCAGAUGGAAGUGCACCACUCCCUCGUGCUGAACAACCUCAAGACCCUGCUCUGGAAGAAGAUUUCCAACACCAAAUAUUCCUAACGGAGGGAAGCGCAGCCCUGGAGUUUAGCACCUGCAAUCUUGGAGUAAAGUCCAAGGGCUGAAGGCCUGUUUCUCCAUCGUCUCCCCCGCAGGAAACACACCCCCUACGCAGGGAGUUGAGCAUAGCGGCAGCCCCUUCUCCUUCAUGGAAAACCGAGCAUCAUGACUUCCACC